UGUUACUAAAAGAGACCAAAUUUACUCUUUUGGAAUGAAAAAUGAAAAAAUAAAAAUAAAAGUAAAUUAGAAAAAUAGUGAAGUGUACUUGCAUCUCCUGUUACAUGAAUUUGGUUUCUGUGCUUUCAAGUCUUAUGCAAGGAAAAUUCUUCUUGAACCGUAAUGAACCCCUAUGCGGUUCUAAACCUGGAGGAAGAUGAAUUAUACACUGAUGAACAAGUAAAAGAAGCUUAUCGAAAAGCUUUAAUACAAUCUCAUCCGGAUAAACGAAAAGAUAUUCUGCCUGGUCGAUAUAGUGUUGACCAAAUUCGUGAAGCUUUUCAGGCCAUUGGAAGUACGGAAGAUCGCGAGAAUUUUCUCAAAACCAAGGAAUCUGAGCGCGCACAAUAUUAUUCUGUGGUUGAUUUGAGUGAAUUUGAUGAGUUGGAAGAUGGCUCCUACUACUAUCCCUGUCGUUGUGGUGAGUUAGGUGGUUAUGUCGUAACGGAAGAGAAUUUGGAAAACGAAGAAAGCAUUAUUCCUUGUUUGGGAUGCAGUUUGACUAUCCAAGUAGCUUAUGAGGUGGUAGAAACGGACGGAAGUGAACAGUAAAAGUGGUCAUUUUUCAUCUAAUAAUUCAAAUUCUAUUUAGGAACAAAAGACCCGAACGAGUGCUUGUCUUUGUCGUUACGUAGCAAAACUGCUGUCAACAAAAACUAAACUACACAUGGUGCUCGCUUUUUGUUUCCUUAGCGGUCUUUUCCGAGAAGCAUAUUACUAUUGAAACCAUCGUUUGGAAUUUUGCUGUUCUUAGCAAUCAUAUAUCUAUCAGCAAGCGUAUAUAAAAGGGCGUGACAUUGCAACAGUUGUCAAAAAAAUAAAACUUCAAUUUCUGUUGGGCAUCGUUGAUUCCAAAGAUAUAUACGAAUAUAGAUUUGUCUAUGAAAGGACGAAUUUUGACUCUGUCUUUUCUAUGUCUAACUUGGAAUUGGAAAGAAAGCAGCAUAUUUGAGACUAGAUAAAAACACUUUUCAUAGCAUGAAGAAAUAUUCCUAUUUCCAAUAGAAAUUAUAAAUGUGAAAAACCUUUUGAU